AUGUUGAGGCGCCGCCCGGAACAACCAUAUAUCUUAUGUGAGGAAGAAGAAGAGCCAGAACCACAGAAGAACAUAGAAAAAACCAAACAAGUAGAUGAUGAAGACGCCGAGCUAAUCUUUCUUGGGGUGGAACAUGUAAAUGAAGAUGCCAGGCUGAUCUUUGUAGGGGUGACUUCAAAUUCAAAACCAGUUGUUUCAAACAUCUUGAAAAGAGUCACCCCAGGUUCAUAUUCAAGGAGAAAAAAGCAUGGUCACCUUAGAAAAGAUACUGCUCACAAAUUGCGGCCUACAAGUCAUGCAUUGCCUAAAUCAGGAGCAGUAACUGUCUUGCCAACUUCUCAGUCUGAAUCAAGAUCAACAGAUAGUCCUAUUAUUAUUAUUGAGUCUUUAUCUAAACCUGAUUGUAAAGAUAGUUCAUCACAAGUUGUGCCUGAUAGAUCUUCAGAGUCGUGUUCUCCUUUGACUACCUUCACAAGCUCAUUGCAUCACCCAGUGAGAGAAGCACUUUCAGUAGGAGGUACGAAUGAAAGUCCACGGGUGUCAAAGCGACGACUUUCCACGUCUGAAGUAGACAGCGUAAGUCCCAAAAGGACUAAAUUCAGGGAUGGAAUUACAGAGGAAUGUUCUUCAGCUGUGUCCCCUUCAGGUGUCUUUCAUACAGUGAAUACUCAGCAGAACACAUCCUCAAACAGUGUUCACACCUCAUUAAGCCAUGUUCAGAAUGGACCACCUUUUCCAACAGCUUUUUCAAAGGACAGCGUCCAUUGCAAGCCUAUAAAUGCAAAGCUUGAUAGGGAAAGUGAAUCAGCACAAACAGACUUUGCAAGUCUAGCAAGUCAAAACAAGAACUUAGACCCCAAGAAAGGAAAUCUGGUCGUGCUACUUAGUGACUUUUACUACGGACAGCAUAAAGGAGAUGGGCUGCCGGAGCAGAAGACGCACACAACCUUUAAAUGCCUCAGCUGCUUGAAAGUUCUGAAAAAUGUUAAGUUCAUGAAUCACGUGAAGCACCAUUUGGAACUUGAGAAGCAGAAGAGCGAUAGCUGGGAAAACCACACCACCUGCCAGCACUGCCACCGGCAGUUUCCCACUCCCUUCCAGCUGCAAUGUCACAUCGAAAGUGUGCACACUGCCCAGGAGCCCUCUCCCGUCUGUAAAAUCUGCGAAUUGUCAUUUGAAACAGACCAGGUCCUCCUGCAACACAUGAAGGACAACCAUAAGCCCAGAGAAAUGCCCCAUGUCUGUCAGAUUUGCCAUUACAGAUCGUCGGCCUUUGUUGAUGUGGACACACAUUUUAGAACGUGCCACACUGACACAAAAACUUUGCUUUGUCCAUUUUGUCUCAAAAUUUUCAAAACUGCAACACCAUACAUGUGUCAUUAUAGGGGGCACUGGGAAAAGACUGUACACCAGUGUUCUAAAUGCCGGCUACAGUUUUUAACUUUCAAGGAGAAAAUGGAGCACAAGACCCAUUGUCAUCAAAUGUUUAACAGGCCUAAACAACUAGAAGGAUUGCCUCCAGAAACAAAAGUUGUUAUUCAAGUGUCCCUGGAGUCUCUUCAGUCAGAGUCAGUGGAAUUAGCAUCGAUUACUAUGAGCACAUCUGAUUCUAAACUGUCACAUCCCAAGUCUAAAAGCAGAAUUUCAAAAAAACACAAUUAAUUCUAGUUUCAGUAAAUCUAAAAUAUUUCGAACCAAGCAAAACUCCCAUAAAGACAAAAAAUACAAACCAGACAUUCAUUUUUCAAUAGCACCAAAAAUA